CCUCCCUCCUCCUCACUGUCGCUGGCUGCCUAGAUAGACGGGCUGUGGCUCAGUGAGCCCCACUGCAGGGAACAAGCAAGGGACACCCAGGAGCUCAGGGCAGCCAAAGAGAGCCAGGCUGCCAAAGGGGAGCCCACCCUGCCCUGCCCUGAGGGCCCACCUCCUGAGGCUGGGGACAGAACAGGUGCAGAGGCACUGCAGCUGCUCAUUGCCCAGCCUCCUGAAUGAUGCCAGCCCAACAUUCCCUAACCUCCAACCUGGCCCUCCUGCUGCUGCUGGGCACAGUCAGAGCAGGCCCUUUCUCUUCACGCUCCAAUAUUACACUCCCUGCCCCACGACCCCCUCCUAAGCCAGGGGGCCGCACAGCAGAACCAAGAGGGGCGAACCCCACUUCUCAGCUUUAUGAGCACACUGUAGAAGGAGGGGAAAAGCAGGUGGUGUUCACCCACCGUAUUAACCUGCCCCCUUCAACUAGCUGUGGCUGUCCCCCGGGCACUGAGCCCCCGGUCCCUGCUUCAGAGGUGCAGGCCUUGAGGGUCCGCCUAGAGAUCCUGGAGGAGCUGGUGAAGGGGCUCAAGGAACAGUGCACAGGGGGAUGUUGUCCUGCUGCUGCCCAGGCUGGCACAGGUCAGACAGACAUUCGUAGCCUCUGCAGUCUCCACGGUGUGUUUGACUUGAGCCGCUGUGCCUGCUCCUGCGAGCCAGGCUGGGGCGGGCCCUCCUGCUCAGACCCCACAGACGCCGGAGUGUCCCCUUCCUCGCCACCCUCCGGGUCCUGCCCAGAUGACUGCAACGAUCAGGGGCGCUGUGUCCGCGGUCACUGUGUGUGCUUCCCUGGCUACACUGGCCCCAGCUGUGGCUGGCCCUCCUGUCCUGGGGACUGCCACGGCCGUGGGCGCUGUGUGCAGGGCGUGUGCGUGUGCCGGUUGGGCUUCUCUGGUGACGACUGCAGCCUGCGCUCCUGCCCUCGAGGCUGCAGCCAGAGGGGGCGCUGCGAAAAUGGGCGCUGCGUGUGUAACCCCGGUUACACAGGUGAGGACUGUUCAGUAAAGAGCUGCCCCCGGGGCUGCAGCCAGAAAGGGCGCUGCGAGGAAGGGCGCUGCGUCUGUGACCCUGGCUACACUGGAGAAGACUGUGGCUCACGGACCUGCCCUUGGAACUGUGGUGAAGGUGGGCGCUGCGUGGACGGCCGCUGCGUGUGCUGGCCUGGGUACGCGGGUGAGGACUGCAGCACACGGAUUUGCCCGCGCAACUGCCGAGGCCGCGGGCGCUGCGAGGACGGAGAAUGCAUCUGCGACACCGGCUACAGUGGGGACGAUUGCGGCGUGCGGAGCUGCCCCAGCGACUGCAACCAAAGGGGCCGCUGCGAGGACGGCCGUUGCGUGUGCUGGCCAGGGUACACAGGGCCCGACUGCGGUGCGCGCGCCUGCCCGCGCGACUGUCGGGGCCGCGGGCGCUGUGAGAAUGGCGUGUGUGUGUGCAACACAGGCUACAGCGGCGAGGAUUGCGGCGUGCGCAGCUGUCCUGGAGACUGUCGUGGCCGGGGUCGUUGUGAGAGUGGCCGCUGUGUGUGUUGGCCCGGGUACACGGGCCGGGAUUGCGGAACGCGGGCCUGCCCUGGCGACUGCAGAGGGCGCGGGCGUUGCGUGGAUGGUCGCUGUGUGUGCAACCCAGGUUUCAUGGGCGAGGACUGUGGGAGCCGUCGGUGUCCCGGGGACUGUCAUGGUCGCGGCCACUGCGAGGAUGGCGUGUGCACGUGUGACGCUGGCUACGAGGGAGAGGACUGCAGCUUACUCAGCUGCCCAGGAGGUUGCCGAGGCCGUGGCCAGUGCCUAGACGGACGUUGCGUGUGUGAUGACGACUACUCAGGCGAUGACUGCGGCGUGAGGCGGUGCCCGGGAGACUGCAGCCAGCGCGGCGUGUGCCAGGACGGUGUGUGCACCUGUUGGGAAGGCUACGCGGGAGAGGACUGCAGCCUCCGUACCUGCCCCUCCAACUGCCACCAGCGUGGCCACUGUGAUGAUGGGCGCUGUGUGUGCUACUCAGGCUACACCGGCCCCUCCUGCUCCAUCCGCACCUGCCCGGCCAACUGCCGGGGUCGUGGGCGCUGUGUGCAGGGAUCCUGCGUGUGCCACGCAGGCUACAGCGGUGAGGACUGUGGACAGGAAGAGCCUCCUGCCAGCGCCUGCCCUGAAGGCUGCGGGCCCCGGGAGCUGUGCCGUGCAGGCCAAUGUGUGUGCGUUGAGGGCUUCCGAGGCCCGGACUGCGCCAUCCAAACAUGCCCGGAGGACUGCCGUGGCCGAGGAGAGUGUCGUGAGGGCAGUUGCAUCUGCCAAGAGGGCUAUGCAGGGGAGGACUGUGGAGAAGAGGUGCCAGCCAUUGAGGGCAUGAGGAUGCACCUCCUGGAGGAGACGACGGUUCGGACAGAGUGGACCAGGGCUCCUGGCCCUGUGGAUGCCUAUGAGAUUCAGUUCACCCCCACGACAGAGGGGGCAAGCCCCCCAUUCACCGCACGGGUGCCAAGCUCUGCUUCAGCCUAUGACCAGAGAGGACUGGCCCCCGGUCAGGAGUACCAGGUCACUGUCCGUGCCCUUCGAGGGACUAACUGGGGCCCUCCUGUCUCCAAGACCAUCACCACCAUGAUCGAUGGCCCCCAGGACCUCCGGGUGGUGGCCGUGACUCCAACCACACUGGAGCUCAGCUGGCUGCGCCCCCAGGCCGAGGUGGACCGAUUCGUGGUGUCCUACGUCACUGCUGGCAACCAGAGGGUGCGGCUGGAAGUGCCAGCCGAGGCAGACGGAACACUGCUGACUGACCUGAUGCCGGGUGUAGAAUACGUGGUGACUGUCACUGCGGAGCGGGGCCGGGCAGUAAGCUACCCAGCGUCUGUCAGGGCUAACACAGCACCAGGCCACUACAGUUACCCGGAGGUGCGCCCCCCAGCCCCGCCCCCCAAACCCCGGCCUCGGCCUCGGCCAGCUCCGGCUCCGCAGCCCCCUAGGCCGGCUAGGCUCCCUCGACCGGCAGAGGGGCAAGAGGAGCCUCGGCCUGGGCCUAGCCUGCCCCAGCCCCCUCGGCGGCCGUGGGGCAACCUGACAGCGGAGUUGGGCCGCUUCCGCGGCACGGUGCAGGACCUGGAGCGCCACCUGCGGGCUCACAACUACCCACUGAGGGCCAACCAGACCUACACCUCCGUGGCGCGCCACAUCCACGAAUACUUGCAGCGGCGUCUGGCGGCCUCUGCCCCCACCAGCUCUGCACCCCCUCCCCGUCAGCUGUACCCCACCGCCAGCCCCGACUCUGGCACCUGGAAACGGGACUCCAACCAGGGCAUCUAUAGCCUCUUACCCGAAGGCGUCGAUGGGAUGGCUGUGCCCCGUCACCCCAAGCCCGAGGUGCUAGGCAGUUCCGCCAAUGGCUCACUACUCGUGUCCCUCGAUGGGCUCCGCGGCCACUUUGAACGAGUGGUGCUGCGCUGGCAGCCCCAGCCACCUGCAGACGCCCCCGGCGGGGAGCUGACUGUGCCUGGCACCACGCGCACCGUAACUCUGCCUGACCUCAGGCCAGCCACCACCUAUCAUGUGGAGGUCCACGGGGUGCGGGCAGGGCAGACCUCCAAGUCCUACGCCUUCAUCACCACCACAGGAUCCUCCCCCUCGGGCUUCUUGGGAGCCACCGAUGAGCCUUCCCCUUCAGGCCCUUCAACAACUCAAGGGGUGCAGGCCCCUGCCCUGCAGCAGCGCCCCCAGGAGCUGGGGGAGCUGAGGGUACUAGGCAAAGACAAAACUGGUCGCCUCCACGUAGCCUGGACGGCCCAGCCCGAAGCCUUCACCCACUUCCAGCUGCGCCUCUGGGUGCCCGAUGCUCCAGGGGCACAUGACGAACUGCUGCCAGGGGACGUCCGCCAGGCACUGGUGCCCUCACCCCCUCCUGGAGCCCCCUAUGUGCUGUCACUUCAUGGGGUUCCUCCUGAGGGCAAGCCCUCUGCUCCUCUCAUCUAUCAAGGCAUUAUGGACAGGGACGGGGGAAAGCCUGGGAAGCCCUUGGCCCCACCACGCCUGGGCGAGCUGACAGUGACAGAUGUGACCUCCAGCUCCCUGCUCCUGCACUGGACUGUCCCUGAGGGCGAGUUCGACUCCUUCACAAUCCAGUACAAAGACAGGGAUGGGCCCCACAUGGUGCCUGUGGAGGGGCCCCAGCGCUCGGCCCUCAUCACCAACCUGGACAUGGGCCGCAAGUACAAAUUCGCCCUGUAUGGGUUUGUGGGCAAGAAGAAGCAUGGCCCCCUGGUGGCUGAAGUCAAGAUCUUGCCUCCGAGUGAUCCCAGCCUAGUGACACCACCCCGUCUCGGAACACUAUGGGUGACAGAUCCCACCCCAGACUCACUGCACCUCUCCUGGACAGUCCCUGAAGGCCAGUUCGAUUCCUUCAUGGUCCAAUACAGGGACAGGGAUGGACAGCCCCAGGUGGUGCCCGUGGAGGGACCUGAGCGCUCGGUCACUAUCUCUCCACUGGACCCUGACCACAAGUACAGAUUCACUCUGUUUGGCAUCGCCAACAAGAAGCGGCAUGGCCCCCUCACGGCUGAUGGCAGCACUGCUCCAGAGAAGACAGAAGAGCCCCACCACCCAGAGCCCCCCGAGCAGCCACUACUGGGGGAACUGACAGCGACUUCCGUGACCCCAGACUCGCUGCGCCUAUCCUGGACAGUGGCCCAGGGCACCUUUGACUCCUUUGUGGUCCAGUACAAGGAUGCACAGGGGCAGCCCCAGGCAGUGUCGGUCAAGGGAGAUGAGAACACGGUCACUGUCCCUGGCCUGGAAUCUGACUGGAAAUAUAAAAUGAACCUCUACGGCUUUCAUGGCCGGCGGCGUGUGGGGCCUGUGUCCACCGUGGUCACCACCGCCCAUCAGGAAGUUGCGGAGGAGGCCCUGAGGCCCACAGAACCCAGCAUGGAGGCCCCAGCACCCGCCAAGGAGCCCCUCCUAGGGGAGCUGACUGUGACAGAAUCCUCCCCGGAAUCGCUGAGCCUGUCCUGGACUGUCCCCGAAGGCCAGUUCGACCACUUCCUGGUCCAGUACAAGAACGGGGACGGGCAGCCCAAGGUGGUGCGGGUGCCAGGGCACGAGGACGGGGUCACCAUCUCGGGCCUGGAGCCAGACCACAAGUACAAGAUGAACCUGUAUGGUUUCCACGACGGCCAGCGCCAGGGCCCCAUCUCUGCCAUCGGGGUGACCGCUGCCGAGGAAGAGACCCCCAGCCCCACAGAACCCGGCACAGAGGCCCCAGAGCCCCCUGAGGAGCCCCUCCUGGGGGAGCUGACAGUGACAGAAUCCUCCCCAGACUCGCUGAGCCUCUCCUGGACCAUCCCCCAGGGCCACUUUGACUCCUUCACCGUCCAGUACAAGGACAGGGACGGGCGGCCCCAGGUGGUGCGUGUCGGGGGUGAGGAGAGAGAGGUCACUGUGCAGGGCCUGGAGCCGGGGCGCAAGUACAAGAUGCACCUGUAUGGCCUGCACAGGGGACAGCGUGUGGGCCCCGUGUCCACUGUGGGCCUGACAGCUCGCCCUGCUCCAGAUCACGAACCUGGGACCACCCAAGUUCCUGCCACCACGACCCCCGAGCCUCCCAUCAAGCCCCUCCUGGGGGAGCUGACUGUGACUGAAGCCACCGUGGACUCUCUGAGCCUGUCCUGGACUGUCCCCGAAGGCCAGUUCGACCACUUCCUGGUCCAGUACAAGAACGGGGACGGGCAGCCCAAGGUGGUGCAGGUGCCAGGGCACGAGGACGGGGUCACCAUCUCGGGCCUGGAGCCAGACCACAAGUACAAGAUGAACCUGUAUGGCUUCCACGAUGGCCAGCGCCAGGGCCCCAUCUCUGCCAUCGGGGUGACGGCUGCCGAGGAAGAGACCCCCAGCCCCACAGAACCCGGCACAGAGGCCCCAGAGCCCCCUGAGGAGCCCCUCCUGGGGGAGCUGACAGUGACAGAAUCCUCCCCAGACUCGCUGAGCCUCUCCUGGACCAUCCCCCAGGGCCACUUUGACUCCUUCACCGUCCAGUACAAGGACAGGGACGGGCGGCCCCAGGUGGUGCGUGUUGGGGGUGAGGAGAGAGAGGUCACUGUGCAGGGCCUGGAGCCGGGGCGCAAGUACAAGAUGCACCUGUAUGGCCUGCACAGGGGGCAGCGUGUGGGCCCCGUGUCCUCUGUGGGCCUGACAGCUCGCCCUGCUCCAGAUCACGAACCUGGGACCACCCAAGUUCCUGCCACCACGACCCCCGAGCCUCCCAUCAAGCCCCUCCUGGGGGAGCUGACUGUGACUGAAGCCACCGUGGACUCUCUGAGCCUGUCCUGGACUGUCCCCGAAGGCCAGUUCGACCACUUCCUGGUCCAGUACAAGAACGGGGACGGGCAGCCCAAGGUGGUGCAGGUGCCAGGGCACGAGGACAGGGUCACCAUCUCGGGCCUGGAGCCAGACCACAAGUACAAGAUGAACCUGUAUGGCUUCCACGAUGGCCAGCGCCAGGGCCCCAUCUCUGCCAUCGGGGUGACGGCUGCUGAGGAAGAGACCCCCAGCCCCACAGAACCCAGCACAGAGGCCCCAGAGCCCCCUGAGGAGCCCCUCCUGGGGGAGCUGACAGUGACAGAAUCCUCCCCAGACUCGCUGAGCCUCUCCUGGACCAUCCCCCAGGGCCACUUCGACUCCUUCACCGUCCAGUACAAGGACAGGGACGGGCGGCCCCAGGUGGUGCGUGUUGGGGGUGAGGAGAGAGCAGUCACUGUGCAGGGCCUGGAGCCGGGGCGCAAGUACAAGAUGCACCUGUACGGCUUGCACGGGGGGCAGCGUGUGGGCCCCGUGUCCUCUGUGGGCUUGACAGCUCCACAACCAGAAGAGACUCCUGCAGCCACCAACCCCCCGCUGGAGCCACGCCUGGGGGUCCUGACAGUGACGGGUGUGACCCCCACCUCCGUGGGCCUCGUGUGGACAGUCCCUGAGGGCCAGUUUGACUCCUUCGUGAUCCAGUACAAGGAUAGGGAUGGGCAGCUCCGGGUCAUUCCUGUGGCCAUGGACCAGCACGAGGCCACUAUCCCGGGGCUGGAACCCGCACGCAAAUACAGGAUGCAUGUCUAUGGGCUCCACGGCGGGCAGCGCGUGGGCCCCCUGUCUGCGGUGGCUGUGACGGCUGCCCAAGGAGAUGCCAGCCCAGGGGCCCCACCCCGCCUCGGGGAUCUGUGGGUGACAGAGCCCACUGAGGACUCACUACACCUCCUCUGGACGGUCCCCGAGGGCCACUUUGACUCCUUUGCGGUCCAGUUCAAGGACAGGGAUGGGCCCCGGAUAGUGCCUGUGGCAGGUCACGAACGCUCAGUCACCAUCACCCCUCUGGACAGUGGCCGCAAGUACAGAUUCCUCCUCUAUGGCCUCCUGGGCAAGAAACGCCAUGGCCCCCUCACCGCUGAUGGCACCACAGAGACCCAGGGUGCUGUGGAUGAUGCUGGAACAAAGCGUCCCUCAAAACCCCAUCUGGGAGAGGAGCUACAGGUGACCAGCGUGACACCACACUCCGUGGGCCUUGCAUGGACGGUCCCCGAGGGCCAGUUUGACUCCUUCGUGAUCCAGUACAAGGACAAGGACGGGCAGCCCCAAGUGGUGCCCGUGGAAGGCAGCCUCAGGGAGGUCAGGGUCUCGGGCCUGGACCCCUCCCACAGGUACAAGCUGCUGCUCUAUGGGCUGCACCAGGGCCGGCGUGUGGGGCCCAUCGCUGCUGUCGCUGUGACCGCCCCCAGGGAAGAAAUUGGAGCUGAGACCAUGGCCCCAAACCCUCCACAGUCUGAGCCGCAACUCGGGGAGCUGACUGUGGACGAAGCCACGCCACACACCCUACACGUCUCCUGGACGGUCACUGAGGGAGAAUUUGACUCCUUCGAGGUCCAGUACAUUGACGAGGAUGGGAAACUCCAAGUUGUCAGUUUAGGGGGCAACCGAAAUGACAUCACCCUCUCUGGACUGGAAUCCAACCACAGAUACCUGGUAAAUGUGUACGGUUUCCAUGGCCGGCAUCGUCUGGGUCCUAUCCGGGUGGAAUCUCGGACAGUUCCAAGGAAAGAGGAGAAUGAACUACCAGAAACUUCCAUCAUGGGCCCCGAGGCUCCCAUCAAGCCCCUCCUGGGAGAGCUGACCGUGACAGACGCCACCGUGGACUCCCUGCACCUGUCCUGGACCGUCCCCGAGGGCCAGUUCGACCACUUCCUAGUCCAGUACAAGAACAGGGACGGGCAGCCCAAGGCGGUGCGGGUGCCAGGACACGAGGACAGGGUCACCAUCUCGGGCCUGGAGCCAGACCACAAGUACAAGAUGAACCUGUAUGGCUUCCACGACGGCCAGCGCCAGGGCCCCAUCUCUGCCACUGGGGUGACAGCUGCUGAGGACGAGACCCCCAGCCCCACAGAACCCGGCACAGAGGCCCCAGAGCCCCCCGAGGAGCCCCUCCUGGGGGAGCUGACAGUGACAGAAUCCUCCCCAGACUCGCUGAGCCUCUCCUGGACCGUCCCCCAGGGCCACUUCGACUCCUUCACCGUCCAGUACAAGGACAGGGACGGGCGGCCCCAGGUGGUGCGUGUCGGGGGUGAGGAGAGAGAGGUCACUGUGCAGGGCCUGGAGCCGGGGCGCAAGUACAAGAUGCACCUGUAUGGCCUGCACGGGGGGCAGCGUGUGGGCCCCGUGUCCACUGUGGGCCUGACAGCCCCCGAAGUGGAACAGUCAGCCAGCCCCACUUUGAAGCCAAGCCUGGGGCAGCUGACUGUGACUGACGCCACCGUGGACUCCCUGCACCUGUCCUGGACCGUCCCCGAGGGCCAGUUCGACCACUUCCUGGUCCAGUACAAGAACGGUGAUGGGCAGCCCAAGGCGGUGCGGGUGCCAGGGCACGAGGACAGGGUCACCAUCUCGGGCCUGGAGCCAGACCACAAGUACAAGAUGAACCUGUAUGGCUUCCACGACGGCCAGCGCCAGGGCCCCAUCUCUGCCAUCGGGGUGACGGCUGCCGAGGAAGAGACCCCCCAGCCCCACAGAACCCGGACAGAGGCCCCCAGAGCCCCCCUGAGGAGCCCCCUCCUGGGGGAGCUGACAGUGACAGAAUCCUCCCCAGACUCGCUGAGCCUCUCCUGGACCGUCCCCCAGGGCCACUUCGACUCCUUCACCGUCCAGUACAAGGACAGGGACGGGCGGCCCCAGGUGGUGCGUGUCGGGGGUGAGGAGAGAGAGGUCACUGUGCAGGGCCUGGAGCCGGGGCGCAAGUACAAGAUGCACCUGUAUGGCCUGCACGGGGGGCAGCGUGUGGGCCCCGUGUCCACUGUGGGCCUGACAGCUCGCCCAGCUCCAGAUCACGAAGCUCGGACCACCCAAGUCCCUGCCACCACGACCCCCAAGGCUCCCAUCAAGCCCCUCCUGGGGGAGCUGACUGUGACUGACACCACUCCGGACUCCCUGCACCUGUCCUGGACCGUCCCCGAGGGCCAGUUCGACCACUUCCUAGUCCAGUACAAGAACGGUGAUGGGCAGCCCAAGGUGGUGCGGGUGCCAGGACACGAGGACAGGGUCACCAUCUCGGGCCUGGAGCCAGACCACAAGUACAAGAUGAACCUGUAUGGCUUCCACGACGGCCAGCGCCAGGGCCCCAUCUCUGCCAUCGGGGUGACGGCUGCUGAGGAAGAGACCCCCAGCCCCACAGAACCCAGCACAGAGGCCCCAGAGCCCCCCGAGGAGCCCCUCCUGGGGGAGCUGGCAGUGACAGAAUCCUCCCCAGACUCGCUGAGCCUCUCCUGGACCGUCCCCCAGGGCCUCGACUCCUUCACCGUCCAGUACAAGGACAGGGACGGGCGGCCCCAGGUGGUGCGUGUCGGGGGUGAGGAGAGAGAAGUCACUGUGCAGGGCCUGGAGCCGGGGCGCAAGUACAAGAUGCACCUGUAUGGCCUACACGGGGGGCAGCGUGUGGGCCCCGUGUCCACUGUGGGCCUGACAGCCCCAGAAGAGGCCCCUGAGUCUCCCGAAGGGCCCCGCCUGGGGGUGCUGGCAGUGACUGACAGGACCCCAGACUCCCUGCGCCUCUCGUGGACUGUGGCCCAGGGCUCCUUCGACUCCUUCGUGGUGCAGUAUUGGGACACAGACAGGCAGUCCCAGGCCUUGCUUGUGGGUGGUGACCAGAACAAGGUCCUUGUGUCGGGCCUGGAACCGAGCACCCCCUACAAGUUCUUCCUCUACGGCCUCCGUGAAGGGAAGCGCCUGGGCCCUGUCUCAGCUGAGGGCACCACAGGGUCAGCUCCUGCCGGUCAGAGCCUGGGGGAGCCAGGGCCCCGGCUCUCCCAGCUGUCUGUGACUGAUGUGACCACCAGCUCUCUGCGUCUCAACUGGGAGGCCCCCCCUGGGGCCUUUGACUCCUUCCUGCUUCACUAUGGGGUCCCAUCAGCAAGCACUCUGGAGCUGCAUCCACGUCCCUUGCUGCAGCGGGAGGUGACAGUGCCAGGGACGCGGCGCUCGGCUGUGCUUCGGGACCUCCGUCCUGGGAGCCUGUACAGCCUUACACUGUAUGGCCUGCGUGGGCCCCACAAUGCCGACAGUGUGCAGGGCACCGCCCGUACGCUGAGCCCAGUUCUGGAGAGCCCCCGUGACCUCCAGUUCAGCGAAAUUGGGGAGACCUCAGCCAGGGUCAGCUGGAUGCCCCCACCGUCCAGAGUUGACAGCUUCAAAGUAUCCUACCAACUGGCAGAAGGAGGGGAGCCACAGAGUGUGCAAGUGGACAGCCAGGCCCGGACCCAGCAACUCGAGGGGCUGGUCCCAGGCGCUCGCUACGAGGUGACGGUGGUGUCUGUCCGGGGCUUCGAGGAGAGUGAGCCUCUCACGGGCUUCCUCACCACCGUUCCUGAUGGCCCCACCCAGCUGCGAGCACUGAACUUGACAGAAGGAACAGCCGUGCUACAUUGGAAGCCCCCUCAGGCUCCUGUGGACACAUAUGACAUCCAGGUUACAGCCCCAGGCACCCCCUCUCUACAGGCCUCAGCCCCCAGCAGCACCGUGGACUACCCCUUACACGGCCUCGAGCUCCACACCAACUAUACAGCCACCGUGCGUGGCCUUCGAGGCCCCAACCUCACCUCUCCAGCCAGCAUCACCUUCACCACAGGGUUGGAGGGCCCCCGGGACUUGGAAGCCAAGGAAGUGACCCCCCGCACAGCCCUGCUUACUUGGACAGAGCCCCAAGUCCCACCAACUAGCUACCUGCUCACCUACGACACUCCUGGUGGACAGACCCAGGAGAUCGAGCUCGCAGGAGGCCUCACCUCUCACCAGCUCCAGGGCCUCUUUCCCUCCACCAGCUACAGAGCCUGGCUCCGGGCUGUGUGGGGCGAGAGCCUCACGCCACCCAUGUCUACCUCCUUCACCACGGGUGGACUGCGGGUCCCCUUCCCCCGGGACUGCGGGGAGGAGAUGCAGAACGGGGCCGGCACCUCCAGAACCUCCACCAUCUUCCUCAACGGCAAUCGAGAGCGGCCCCUGAACGUGUUCUGUGACAUGGAGACUGACGGGGGCGGCUGGCUGGUGUUCCAGCGUCGCAUGGACGGACACACGGACUUCUGGAGGGACUGGGAAGACUACGCCCGUGGUUUUGGGAACAUCUCUGGGGAGUUCUGGCUGGGCAACGAGGCCCUGCAUAGCCUGACGAGAGCUGGCGACUACUCCAUGCGUGUGGACCUGCGGGCUGGGGACGAGGCAGUGUUCGCUCAGUACGACUCUUUCCGGGUAGACUCGGCCUCAGAGUACUACCGCCUCCACCUGGAGGGCUACCACGGCACCGCAGGGGACUCCAUGAGCUACCACAGUGGCAGUGUCUUCUCUGCCCGAGACCGAGACCCCAACAACUUGCUCAUCUCCUGUGCCGUCUCCUACCGAGGGGCUUGGUGGUAUAGGAACUGCCACUAUGCCAACCUCAACGGGCUCUACGGGAGCACAGUGGACCACCAGGGAGUGAGCUGGUACCACUGGAAGGGCUUCGAGUUCUCUGUGCCCUUCACGGAAAUGAAGCUGAGACCCAGAGGCUACCAGGCCCCUGCCUGGGGAGGCUGAGCCUGGGCUCGCCUCUCCCACGCAGGUACGGCUGCAGAGCACUGAGGGGCCGCGAGGAGAGAAGACUCAAGGCCCGUCUUCACUACCCAUCCACCAGAGGAAGCCUUCUCCACCGCGGUCUCACAGCACUAUGUUUACAGGGGGGAGGGAGGAUGGUACGGGAGCAAUAAAAGGAGAAACUGA